UUCUUUUUCUUUAAGUCUCAGAAUUCUUGGUUGUCGGGAGCAUUUAAUUUAACUUAAUGGGUCUAUUGUCAAAUCAUAGAGGCUCAAGAACAGAGACAAACCAGGAAACUUUACCGGUUUCCACAGCUGGUUUAUCGGUGCCGCCCAAGAAGAGAUGGUCCAAUCUAAUGCCGCUGUUCGUGGCCCUUGUGGUCAUAGCAGAGAUCGCCUUCUUGGGUAAGUUGGAUGUGGCGAAGAACACAGUUAUGGUCGAUACGUGGGCGGACUUAAUUUACUGGUCUCCUGAAGUCGUACCAAAAGAUGAUUUGGGAAUAGCUCAUGAAGUCGUACCAAAAGAUGAUCUGGGGGUAGAUAUGCUGGGUAGGGGUCGGAGUUCAGAAUCUGAGAGCUGUGAGGAGUGGUUAGAGAGGGAGGAUGCUGUGACGUAUUCAAGGAACUUCACAAAGGAACCUAUUUUGGUUAAUGGAGCUGAGCAGGAGUGGAAAUCUUGUGCCGUUGGAUGCAACUUUGGUUAUAAUUCAGGUAUCAAACCUGAUGCAGCAUUUGGCAUACCUCAGCAAGGUGGAACGGCUAGUGUUCUGCGAUCUAUGGAAUCUUCGCAAUACUAUGCAGAGAACAAUAUGGCAAUGGCAAGACGGAGGGGAUAUCACAUUGUAAUGACAACCAGUCUAUCAUCUGAUGUUCCUGUUGGAUAUUUCUCUUGGGCUGAGUAUGACAUUAUGGGACCUGUACAACCGAAAACUGAAAGUGCCCUUGCAGCUGCUUUCAUUUCCAAUUGUGGUGCUCGAAAUUUCCGGUUGCAAGCUCUUGAGGGUCUUGAAAAAGCAAACAUCAAGAUUGAUUCUUAUGGUGGUUGCCAUAGAAACCGUGAUGGAAGAGUGGACAAAGUGGAAACCCUGAAGCACUACAAAUUUAGCUUGGCAUUUGAGAAUUCAAAUGAGGAGGAUUAUGUAACUGAAAAAUUCUUCCAAUCUCUUGUUGCUG